CAAAGGUUCCCUUCAUCCGCAAUUUCAUCGCCACUUUCUCGCUUCACUCCUUCCCACACAGAGUCCCACUGUACUCUCUCUCUCUCUCUCUACUCAUCUUGUCUUCCACUUGCCUUCUUCCUCUAUCAUGCUCUCACCCUUUAUUCUUCUACAAAUCUUCCCCUUUCAGCCAUGACUACUUCCAAACCUCACCGUCUCUCCAGCUGCCACCGCCAUCCCGCCAGGCCCGUCACCGGCUUCUGCGCCUCCUGUCUCCGGGAACGACUUGCCGGCAUUGAGUCCUCUGGCCAAGAGGUUCAUCUUGCAGCUGAGCUCCGUCGCACCAAAUCUUGCUCCGGCGGCGGCCUCGCGGCCUUUGCCUCUGCCAUUUCGGAGCCUCGUCGGAGGUCCUGUGAGGUUCGGGCCCGGAGCACGCUGUGGGAUCUCUUUAAUCUCGAUGACGAGAAGAAGUGUCUGAAUCGGAAGUUUGAGGUGGAAUUGGGAAGUUUGAGUUAUGAAAUACGAGAGGAGGAGCAGAUUGGGGAUGUGAAUGAAGCAGUUAGGGUUUGUGGGGAUAGUUUUAUUUGUGCUGCCGAUAGAGGAGAUGAAGUUGAUGACGAGGAGGAGACGAAGACGAUGAAAGAAUUUAUAGAUCUUGAAUUACAGAGAGGGAAGAAUGCAGGGAGAGAUUUUAGAGAUAUUGCUGGCAGUUUCUGGGAGGCAGCUUCGGCGUUUAGCAAGAAACUGAGGAAAUGGAGGCGGAAGCAGAAGAUGAAGAAACACAAUGGCACUGAUCAUAAUGCAGGCGUUGGUUUGACAGCACUGAAGGUUGAGAAGCCGAGAAACAGAAGAUUGAGGGAGACUCAAUCUGAGGUUGGCGAAUAUGGGUUGGGGAGGAGAUCUUGUGAUACUGAUCCAAGGUUGUCACUUGAUGUAGGUAGAGUGUCUGUGGAUGAUUCGCGGAUUUCUCUUGAUAUGCCUCGAGCUUCUUGGGACGGAUGUUUAAUUGGGAAGGCAUGUCCUAGGCUUUCACCAAUGAUAUCGGUUGUGGAGGAUACUAAUGUUUCUGUUAAUGUGAUUGAAAACAGAGUUUCAAAUGAAGAGAAAGUGAAUCUGGAAAGUGCUGGAGAGCCAAAUCCUGGUGGAUCAGCUCAGACCAAAGAUUAUUAUUCAGAUUCUUUGUCGUGGCAGCAACGCAGAAGGAGUUUUGACAGAUCAAGCUCUCUUAGGAAACCAGCUAUACCAGAAGUUGAUGAAUUAAAACUGAUAUCCAAUGCCAAAGUAUCUCCUGCUACCACAGAGUUAUUCUACGGGGCGAAGUUGCUGAUCACAGAGAAAGAACUGAUGGAGAGGGGUUUGAAAUCUCCGAAUAAUGUUCAAACCGAUUCUGUACUGGGAUCUACUUCUGAGGAUGCUUCUGAUGCCACUACCGGUGUUAACCAAAGGGCCUCCAGGAAGCUCCCAAACUGGCGCAAGAUGUGGAAUAAGUUGGGCCUAGUACAGAAGAAGAAGGAACAAAGGUUAGAAGAAGAGUAUGGUGCUGGAGAGGUGGUUAAUAAGCCGAUCACAGAUUCUUGGCAAAAGCUGAGGAGGGUAGUUAAUGGACAAGCAAGUGAAUCAGUUAGUCAAAAGCUUAUUCGAAGUUAUAGUGUUAGCUGUAGAAACCCCUGUAGAAUGGCUGGUUUGGUCAAUAGCUUGGGGGCUCCUGAGACCAAAAGCAACGUUUUGAAUGGAAGACAAGACUUUAUGCUUCAAAGGAACCGGAGUGCUAGGUAUUCGCCAAAUAAUGCUGAUACUGGCUUGUUGAGGUUCUACUUGACACCAUUGAAGAGCUACAGGCGAAGCAAGUCUGUAAAGAGUAGCAUAAAGGAUUUGCACCCAACAACCAGAAGUGUCUUGUGAAGCUUUGUUAACUUUUGCAAGUAUAUCUGGUUGUAAAAGCAUAUAUAAUGUAAUUGUCGUUGUUCAGGAGAUAAAGUACAAUUACAUAACAUUGUUAGAUUCUAAUGAGAAAAUUUCAUAUGAUGUUGGUGGCAGAAAUAAAGUAUUAUUUAAAUAGAGUUGUUGACAUAGGAAAUAUCAUAAUUGCAGCACUUAAUGUAAUCACCUGACGUAUAUUGCUAGCAGACAUUUUUCCGUGGUUUUAUCUUUUGCAGUGAUGUUCUGUCUCAAGUUAUUGUCACUAGAUCUAGUAAGAAAGACUCAACUCAGUUCUUUAUAUUGUUAGCA